UGAAAGUCUGGGAUGUUCGACAUCAUCUGAAGGCAUCCCAUAAUAUCACACAGAGAUGACGUCAUCAGUGCAUGAACAUGUCAGAUGAAAAGAAUUUUUUUAAAAAAGGAAUCUUGGUCACGGAGGGAAUAUUAUACAGCCGUGAAAAAGGAAUGGAACCCUGACAGCCCCUGUUACUGUCUGCGUCCCCACUGUGUGCUCAAGGCUCAUCCUCCCAUUCGUCUCCUCCCUCCCCCUAUCCCUAGUCAUGUGGUGCUUAGCACUGAAUCCUGCAGGUCCUGACCCUGGUCUUGGUCUGUUGCAUCCCCAGGUCCAGCUCCACGCUGUGGCCCUGCUGGAGUUCCUCUUCCUCCUGUUCCUUCUGAUUGGCACAUCCUGUGGAGGAGACCAGCACCUGGGCCUGCACUCAGGCAGAGGUCGGGCUGGGCGCUUCCGUGACCCGGUGACAGCGAGUCCGCCCUGUGCUGACGUUGCAGCCCGAGGUGGAGACUCGCCGGUCGUGAACCUGACGCUCGACGUCCGGAGGAAAACGCUGACGUGGAAUUACGAGACCCACGUCACGCGUCACACAUGCAACGUCACCACCCGCGUGGACCCCUCCACGGUCACUGAGCCUCUGCUCCGCGGCGGCUCGUGGCUCUGCUGGUUUCCGAACGCGCGGUUCCACGGAGGCGCGGUGCUGACGGUGGGCGGCGAGACCGAGGACGGCAGAGCGUUCGAGGAAGUCCUCUUCUUCCACAACUCAGGGAAGGAAGGGUCCGGGGCCGUGAACUUCUCCUGCGUCAUCUACGACAUCCGGUUCAUGAACUGCACGUGGGCGCCGGGCCCCGCGGCGCCCGUGGACGUCCAGUACCGCCUGUGUGCUUGGUUGUCCAGGGACGCCGAGGCGCAGGAAUGCGCUCAGUACCUCCCCGGCCGCCUCGGCUGCCACUUCCCGGAGCUCGGGGCGCCGCGGACCACGGACGACUACGUGUUCCUGGUAGACGGGACCAGUCGCACAGACGCCGUGGCCUUCGUGGACUUUGCUCCCCUUUCCGCCGUGAUGCUCGAAAAGUACAAUCCUCCUGAAAACCUGACGGUCGCCCACGAAGAUUCGGGGACCGUCAUCCGGUGGGAAAACCCGGAGAGGCGAUUCAACUUAGCACCGAGCACCUUCUGGUACCAACUUCACAUCCAAAGCCAGGGAAGCUCCCAGGAGAGAGAACCGAUUUGUCAACGCGGACAUGAGAGAAAUGAGUACCGAGUACCCAGUACCGAGUCGAAGACAGAGCACACCUGCAUUUACAUACAUGCACUCAAGUCCACUGGCACCACCCACCUCACCGCGGGUUCCCACUUCCUCUGCCAUCUCUGUGCAGCUGCUGUGGGCGGGGUGACAUCAGCAUCCAUCUCCACCCUGAGGCCCCAGAUCCGGGUUCGGGUCCCGGGAGGGUCCUCCCUGAGGCAGAGGCUAUGCCCGUCCAUCCCCAAGGUGAAAGUGGAGCUGGCCGAGGGCUUCUGUCCUGGUGCCGAGUUUCCCGGGCGGCCUUGGGGUGCACAGGCGGGGCGGGGGGGGAGACCCCGACCCCCGGAGGCCGAGCUGAGGACGCAGCUGCGUUUCUAUGGCCGGAAGUUGCUCAACCGCGUUCUCCCGGAGGAUCCGACUCUGGAGUCCAAGCGGAGGGGGCACGGAGCUCAAGCUCAGACUGCGCCCACCAUGGCCCCCCUGUGGCUCCUCGUCCUGCUGACGCCGGGGUCUGUUUUGCUGACCCCUGACCCUGACCCGGGUGCGCCCGGCCCUUUCAGGAACCUGCGACUGGAGCCCAACGAGCGUAGGCUGAGCUGGGAGAUGGAUGCACACGGCCCCACUGGUUCGCCAGUCCUGUGUCAGAAGGAUGCACAGAAUCCGGUGGUGGCUUCUCAGCAGACGUGCACGUUCUACACGCUGUCCUUGUGCAACAUCACCCGGUUCACCGUCUACGUGCGGGACGACCCGGCCACAUCCACCUGGAUCCGCUUCCCCAAGGACGAUCCCAACCGCGGGGCUGCGGCCUCCAACCUGCAGUGCUGGGUGUACCACACCGACACCCUGACCUGCACCUGGGAGCCCGGCCGCACGGCCCCCGGCGACGUGCAGUACCGGCUGUUCUGGAGGAAGGCGGGUUCCGGGAGGGACCAGGACCAGGAGUGUCUGCACUACGGCCAGGACACCCUGGGGCGCAACGUGCGCUGUGACGUCAGCAACGUCUCCCUGGUCUCCCACCUGCUCAUGGUGACGGUGAACGGAUCCAGCCAGCAGGAACCAGUGUCCUGCAGCGACCGAUCCGUGCAUCUGAAGAGUGUAGAGGUGCUGAGUCCUCCCGAGAUCACGGCCCAGUGUAACAGAACCCACGCGCUCAUGCGCUGGAGCAUGAGGAGCCUCUUCCCUCGGACGUUCACUUACCACCUGGAGAUCCGGCAGAGCUCAACUUUUGUGUCCAACACGACGACCAAGGAAACCUCCUUCGUCCUGCUGCAUCCGGGAACCUUCACCGUCCGGAUCCGCGCGAAGUCGGAUGAGCAGAUCCGCUACACCGCCUGGAGCGCUCGGCAGUCGUUUGUGUGCGACGACUCUGCGGACACCCAGGUGCUGACUGUGGCGCUGCUGGUGUCCCUGGGGAUGGUGCUCAUGGCCUUGGUGACCCUAUUGCUGUUGUGCAGAAGGUCCUCCCUGUGGCAGUCGCUGUGCCCCCCCAUCCCCAAGGUGAAAGGGCUGCUGACACAAGGUGAUCCCGAGGUCACAUGGGUGGAGGCAAAUCUUCCAGAAAGUCUGCAGGAGCCUGAGGAAUUCCUCCGGGUGGAAGAAGCUGCAGGGCGUCCACCAGCAACAUGAUGUCAGUGGGCCAAGGUGCUUGUUGCUAAGCCUGAGGAGCUGAGUUCCAUCCCCCGGAGCUGUCUGGAGGAGAAAACCGAGUCCCACGGUGUCCCCAGGCCUCGUCGUCCUCUUCCGUCCUCCUCCUCUUCCUCCCCCUCCCCUCCUCCACCUCCACGGGCUCCUCUUCCUGCUUCCCAUCACACACCGCGUUCCCGGUGCGCCUUUCCCACUCAGUCCCCCUCAUUCCCCACUUCCUCUUCCCUGUCACACGCUCCUGGACUCCCAUGGGAUGGACACGCAAACACACGCAAUUCACGCUCAUAACGGUAGUGCGUAUGCAAAUUUAUGUAAAUCCGUAUAGAUUUAUGCAAAUCUCCCCCUCACCCGCUGGGCAUGUGCAAAUAUAUGCAAACAUUCACGUUUA